UAAGCUUAAAAGAACCAAUUCUCUUCCUCUUCCUUUCCUUCUCCUCGUCUUCAACUAAUGGCUGAUCACAAGAACAGUUCUUUAGAGGAAAAGUCUUUCACAAGCUUAACCGAUUGUUUACAAAGUUCAUUAGUAAUGGAUUAUAACUCACUAGAAAAGGUCUUCAAUAAUAGUUCCCCUUUUCAACCGAUUUCACCGUCCAAUAUGGGACAAAUAAGGAAUUACCCUUACUUAAACCUCAAUCCGAAUUCUCCAAUAGUCUCUUCUUCCUCCAUUGAAGCCGAUCCUAAAGAAAGCCUCGGAGAUAAGAGUGGCUCAAUGGAGGAUAACGAAGGCGACCAACAUGGUGUUGGUGAAAGCUCCAAGCAGUUGACAAAACAAGGUAAAGAGAAAGGUGAGAAGAAGGAAAGAGAAGCUAGGGUUGCUUUUAUGACCAAAAGCGAGAUUGAUCAUCUUGAAGAUGGUUAUAGAUGGAGAAAAUACGGACAAAAGGCCGUCAAGAACAGCUCUUAUCCAAGGAGUUACUAUAGGUGCACAACGCAAAAAUGUAACGUGAAGAAACGGGUAGAGAGAUCGUUUCAAGAUCCUUCGAUGGUAAUCACAACCUACGAAGGCAAACACAACCAUCCAAUCCCAUCGACUUUGAGAGGUCCUGUGGUAUCAGAACAUCUAUUAGGUCACCGUGGAAGCUGUCUCUUCCAUAGGGACCAUAGCUUCCCACGUCAACAUCAAGAAUUUCUUGUGAUGAAUCAACCUCCCGUCAAUUAUCAGUCGGUGGGAUCUAAAUCGUACGAAUGCACUCAUCUUAAUAACAGUAACCAUCAAGAGGUUGUUGACUAUGGUCUUCUUCAAGACAUUGUUCCUUCAAUGCUCUUGAAGCACGAAUCUUGAAAGAGAGAAAGAGAUCCAAAUACUUAUUUUCAUAUAUAUGUGUAUAUAUAAUGCAUUUCUGAAUACAUUUAUAUAAGUAGAUAUAGUUACUAUACAUGCAUGUGUGUAUAUUUCACAGACAACCUACUAAUUAUUUUGAAUUUUAGUUCGUAAA